AACUGGAACUCUCCAUGUAGUGGCGGUAGUGUACCGGAAGUACAGGAAGAACCUCCUGAGCGGUGCUGGUGUCCAUUUUAUUUACGCCCGAUAGCUUGCUACGUUGUUUUUUUUGCUGUGGCCUUUUCCAGCUCCAUAAAAGAAGUAUAAAACUGGGUGUUCAGACAUGAGCAGUUCAGAGGAAGUGUCAUGGAUCUCUUGGUUCUGUGGAUUAAGGGGGAAUGAAUUUUUCUGUGAGGUGGAUGAGGACUAUAUCCAGGACAAAUUCAAUUUGACAGGCCUAAAUGAGCAAGUUCCCCACUAUCGCCAAGCUCUAGACAUGAUUCUUGACCUUGAACCAGAUGAGGAGCUGGAGGACAAUCCCAACCAGAGUGACUUGAUCGAGCAGGCGGCCGAGAUGCUGUACGGCCUCAUCCACGCACGCUACAUCCUCACAAAUCGAGGAAUUGCACAGAUGUUGGAGAAGUAUCAGCAGGGCGACUUCGGGUACUGUCCUCGCGUCUAUUGUGAGAAUCAGACUAUGCUUCCCAUCGGGUUGUCAGACAUCCCAGGAGAGGCCAUGGUGAAGCUCUACUGCCCUAAAUGCAUGGAUGUCUACACACCCAAGUCCUCCAGGCACCACCACACAGACGGUGCCUACUUUGGCACUGGCUUCCCGCACAUGCUGUUCAUGGUUCAUCCCGAGAACAGGCCCAAGAGACCUGCCAAUCAGUUUGUCCCAAGGCUGUACGGGUUCAAGAUCCACCCAAUGGCCUACCAGCUGCAGCUGCAAGCAGCCUCCAGCUUCAAGAGCCCUGUUAAGGCCAUCCGCUAGCAGACUGGUCCAGAGACAAGAUGACAAAGAUAUUUACAACAACGACAAAAAAAGCAGAGGGGGUCACCUGUGUUUUCCAAAAGCCACACAACGGACACCUCCCCUCUCUGGAGACUGUAUUAUUUUGGGGUUUAGAUUAGAGCAAAUGAAAGCAACAUUAAUAAUGAUGAUUCUGAGGGUGAGUGACACAGCCAUAAGUCUUCAUCACAAAUGUAUACCCACCCUCUCCUUACAUGAAUACCACUCACAAUAUGUUCGGGGUGUUUGGCUUCAGGAUGUACUUAAAAUGCAUUACAACCUACGCAGUUUAACUUGAUUUCACCUUUUAAAUACACAUGACCAAUUGUUCAGUGUUUCAGUAUUUUUUGUACAACUUUAGUUUUUCUAACAAGGUGCUCAAUGGCAAAAUUCACAAGGUUAUUUUUUUUCCCUUUUCUUUUUUUACCCCAAAGAUGUCAACUGCAAUCAAGUAAACUAUUUAAGCACUAUUAUUUCAUAACAUACAACUCAGUGCUUUACAUUUAUUAAAUUCUAUGGCUUUCUUUGACUCUGGUCUCAUGAUGGCAAAUUUAACUGCAUGAUGAGGGUUAGGGUUAGGUUAAAUACUGCUUAAAUACCAGAAAAUGUAUUACCUAAUUUUUUAAUCAAUUUUUGAUGUUCAUAUCAACUUUUUUUUGAGUGCAGUACUGAAACAUUCAACAACUGGAUGUGUAUUUAUGUAUAAAUAGGGUCACAUUAUGUUCACCUGUCAAAAGUUUAAAAGCCGAUUAUGAUCAUCUUAAAAAGCUGAACACCCCUAACUUUUUGUGAAGUUAUACUUGGUAUCCCACACACACCCCUUACCAAACUAAACCGCCUAAUUUAGAAAACGCACCAGUUUCAAUUUGGUGAAGAGAGUCACUGGAAGUCCGCACCAUCUCCUCAGUAAACCCCAUAAACAUGGCUGCCAUAGUACAGUAACUUGAUUUAUUUUUUUCCGUAUUGCUGGUUCAAAUAUGUGUUUGCUGUAUUAGUUUCAAAAAUAAGAGUCUGCCUACAGAGAUGGGGUGUGUCUGCUGUUAGGGAAGACAUAAAACAACUUAAGAUACCAGUCCGUAAAUGACAAUUGUUCUGUAAGACGUCCUUGGUAGUAGUAGGCCAAGUUGUACCAAACCUUCCAUGCCUCCAUUUAUCUACUAAUUUGCAUUGGUUGACUUGUUGAUGAUAUGACUCCAUCAUUUACAACACCUUGUGGAAACCAGCUGGAAAUGGCCUGCACAAGAACCCUGCUAUAUAUAUUUCACACCGGGUCCUGUCUUUUCAUUUCAUGUGCUAAACAAAUAGUGCAGAGUGAAUUCAAAAUGUAUUCUACAAAUCGAACAACCCAGGUUAUACAAAGUUGUGCGCUAGUUCUUAACUGCUGGUUUCCAGACUUUGUGCUGGUGUAAGGGCCAUCUGUGGACGUGAGUUUCUUGUCUAACAUACAAAGGUCAAGGUGUUUUUCAACAGUCAUCUUCAAAAUAGAUUUUUUUUCCUCCCAAAAAAAGAAUGCUCCUAACGGCACAGCAACACAGCACUGAUUUCGCUGCAGCAAUUCAUUUUUUUGGGAGGUGGGGGGGGGGGUCAGCAACAGCCGAGACCACCAGCUGUCAUUGUAGUUUCUUUGUAAAACAAUGAGGCAGCUGCUUUUUGUUUCCUUCCCCUCGCCCUUUCUUUUUCCUCAUUGUUGGAGUUCCUUAAGUUCACUCCACACACAAGUGAAUCUGUAUUUAUGUGUCCACAGUUUUGUUUUUCUCUGCUACUUGGAAAAGGUCAGCUGGCUUCAGAAAUCUUAAUAAAAGUUGAUUCUUCUUUUCAUA